AUGUACCAACCCAAAAAGGAAAAGAUUUUCAAUCCAUUUCGAAUUGGUAAAAAGGAAAAUUAUGUGAAUGAUCACGAGCUUUACGAGAUGCUUCGAUCAAGGGAAUUAUUUCGUUUACAAUUAGAUCUGAGAAAAUCUUUGAAAAUAAAGUUACGGGGUUUGGCGAACGUACAGAAGGUCAAUAUAGCAUCGCUGGAAUCCAGAAAACGCGGUUUUUUACAGCGCGUCACAAGAAGAAAUAAACCCGUCUUGAAUUAUAAAAAGCUAAGACAGAAAAGAUUACAGACUUUACGCCUCAAAAAUAACGAUCUGGAACAACGGGUUAAAAACUUUUCAUUUUCGGAUGUUAUGUCGGGUUAUCAGUCCAAGCGAUAA